UAAUUCGAUUGGUUAUAUGAAAUUUACGAAUGGUUUUUUUCUUUCAUUCGAAACCACUAAGAACGAGUUAAUAAACAAAAUGUCCCAGUCGUCUGUAGAAACAAAGCCUAAUGCAAGCAAUGUUACUAGAAGGUAAGAAUGUCUUUUAAAAGAAUUGACUGAUUUUGUAAACAACGCCAAACAUGAUUGAAGGCUGUUAAAUCAAAGUAAUAAUGAUUUUGUCAGACUACUGAACUCAGACUUCUUCAACUGAACUGACAAUUCACAAGUCACAAGUCAAGCGAGUCCCCCGAGUUUCAGUAUGUCUAAAAAAACUAAAUUCAGUCCAGUCCGUUUUUUAGUCUAUCCCUAAAUUAAGGUCUAAUAAUUUAUUGGAACCACUCAGAAGUAUGUGAGUGAUAUUUGUUUUAUUUCCCUACUGAUACUGGGUAACUGAACAAAGUAGAGUGUACAACAAUGUUCCCACUAAGUUUUGCUGAUUCCUGUGCAAAAUGAUAGUUGUGUGCAAAAUGAUACAGUUGUGUGCAAAGUUGUACAGCAUCAAUUUUUUUGUGUGCAAAAUUUAACAGCCCACAAACACACACAUGGAAAUUAAUCUGCGCGGAUACUCAAAACUGCUGCGCAGCUUAAAGGGAACAUUGGUGUAGACAAGUAGUGUUAGUGUAGUCGUUGUGGACACACUCAUGAUGCUGUAAAUUUUACCUAUAUGUUUACAGAUUGGUAGAUUAAGAUAGCGGCCAUUUGAGGCGAGAGGGCAAGGCUUCUUUCCUCACAUGGUUCAAAGUCAAAGGCACCUUUAGCCUUUAGGAUAAACCUAUAGCUUUAGUCUAGUCAUUCUGAGAAAAAUAAAAAUUAUACACUAGCUUUAACUGUGGUAACCCACUGGAGGCGACUUGGCCCUGAGUGUUAUCUCGAAAAAGAAAAAAGACGAAAAGGAGAUCUAUCGGCUGAAGAAUAAAAGCCUUGAGAAUGGCUGGCUGGUUUUCGCACCAGCUAAUUAGAAAGCAUCUCGUCCUAUAAAAAUAUGUGACCUUGAAAUAUACCAAAAAAUCAUGAUCAGGGCCAAGGGAAUAUUUUAUGAAUUUAUUCACAUUAAAUCUCAUUCAAAUAAAUAAUAACAUAUGGGUUUAGGCUAGGAUUAGAAUAGGACUCAUUUAGGCUUCAACAAUAAAAAAAAAAUGUAACAAAUUCUGCAAGCAAGUAAGUAAAAAAAAAAUAAUUCUAAAUGUAAAAAAAAUUAUGCUAAUCAUGGGAUCUAAUUUGCAUAAAUUUGGAGAUUUCAGUUUGAUUCAUAAAGGUUGUAUUAGUUUAUUCAAUUCUCUACAAGAAUAUUAUAUAUAUAUAGUUUUAUAUUUGUAAAGUAAUUAGUUUAUUUUUGAUAAAUGUUUUUGUAAAGUAAGUGCAGAGCUUGUGAAAAGGGCUCCAUCUUUUUUGGCACAGACAGUCCAAAAAAGGCUCUGUCUCAAGAGGCAGAGGGUUACCAAAAUGAAAAUGUGCGUUCGUUUAUCUUUUUAAUGAUCGGUCAUAGUCAAUGACUGAACUGGUAGUAUACUACUACACUAUUAUGGACUGCUGCCUCAUUUUGUGACCCUACUCUGUUUUUAUUUUUACUAACAUAAUAUUAAUAGGGCCUACUCCCUACAGGUAUUCUUUAUUACCGGUACAAGAUAAAAUAAAAAUUGCUUCUGUCAUGCUUGUCAACUGAUGGUUUUGUUUUGUUUUAAGAUAUGUAAAAAUAUUGGUAUGUUUUAUUUUUAUUCAACACAAUUAUAAGAUAAAAAAUAACAAUAAACUAUUCUAAAGUAGUAAUCUAUUGACAUUGGCGUGUUGUCUGCAAAACUCUGGAAACAGGAAGUGUCAACUGUGUUGCGCGACACAAGCAUUAAAUAAGUACUAUGAUUAAGUUUAGGUUUCCAACUGUCCGUUAAUUUAAGGAGAGCAGUAAAAAUUUGACUAAAAUGGCAUUUCUGUAAAACUUUUAAGUUGUCAGUGUAAAAUGAGACAAUCAACACAAUUUUUUAAGCUGAAAAAAAAAAGAGAAAGGGUGGGGGGAGAGAUAUCUCAACUUUUGUGAUUUAAAAAAAAAUCUUUCUUACUUGCUUGAAACUUGAAGGAAAAUAAAUUCAACACGGAUAUGUCAAUAUUUUUUUUAGAUUAAGUAGUAAGCUAAUGACAGUAGCAGGUAUUGUCAAAUUUAUUGCUCAUGUGCAAUGCCACGAUAAAAAAUCCAAAGCUCAGAACCCCCAAUUUUCCUAUGGUUCAUCUCGCCCCACCCAGUCACUUCACAUUAUUAUUAGGCCGGUUUAAGUUUAAGCAUAAAUGUGUUGAGCGCAUUUCUUCAUUCCUCACAUGGGCCUAAACCUUAUUUGGUAUGAACAUAGCCCUUGGUUUCCACAAUGCGUGAUACAGCUACAAAUGUUUGAGCCCUCAGUUUAAAAUAAAUUAUUUAAGAAUUAUAAUUAUACCCUUUUCACUCAGUUUAUGCCUACUAUCUGCACUGAUUUGACAGAACCAAAUAGCCUAUAAUUUGAGUGGACAAUUUAGUGUUUGUUCCAGUAAGUAAUAAUUAAUAUUAAGCGCAUUUAGGCCUAGACUAUUGCUUUACUUUAAUUCUGGCCUAAUUUUUUUUUCAUAUUCAUUGUUAUUGUUUCCUUUCAGAUUACAGAAAGAACUCAGAACUUUAAUGGUAAGAAUUUCAGUAAGGUUUUUUUUUUUUUAAAAUUAAAAAAAUAUUCUGUUUUUGGAUUAUUAAAUAAUUGUUAAAAUAUUCAAACAAAAAUAUUUGGAAAUUUAUUUUUUAAUUCAUUAUUUGAUAUCUUAAACAGAUCUCGGGAAGUCCUGGCAUAUCAGCUUUUCCAGAAGGAGACAAUAUGUUCAAAUGGGUUGGUACAAUUGAAGGAGGCAAAGGAACGGUAAUUCUAGACUAUUUUUAAAAUGUAUAUUCUUCAUUAUUUAAUAUUAUGUAUAUUGCCCAUUUUAAGUGUCUUGCAUUGGUCCUAUGAGUUUUAUUAAACUAUGAAACCUAAUGUACUAUUCAUGUUUCUAUUAAUCAGCCACACAUAACAAUUUCUGUAUUGUUUAUCUUGUUACAUUUAUAUGUGUCAUUACAGGUUUAUGAGGGUCUCUCCUACAAACUGCUGUUGACAUUUCCCCCACAAUAUCCCAUUGAAGCUGUCAAGGUCAAAUUUGAAACACCAUGCUACCACCCGAAUGUAGACACACAUGGCAACAUUUGUCUUGAUAUUCUAAAAGAAAAGUGGUCUGCCUUGUAUGAUGUUCGUACGGUAUUGCUGUCUAUACAAAGUUUACUUGGAGGUAUGAGGGCAUGGUGUAUUCCAUAUUUAGUAAUACCUUUGGUGAUUUUUUUUGUUUGAUUUUAAUUAAUUAAUGUUAACCCUUUACGGGGCAGAGGUACUUCCUCUUGCAUGUCCUGAACGGACACCACUUUUCAGGGUUUUUUUUAGUAAGAUUUGGGGUUACGUUACAAAAAAAAAUCAAAUCUAAGGUGUUAGUCAACAAAUUUGUGUGAAAUAAAAAUCAAAAUAAAGGAAAAUGAAUGCAGAUUUAUUAUUGUAGUAUUUGUACUCACAUUUUCCCAUUAAUCCUCAUAUGAACACAAUUAUUUGCAAAAAAACAACAUAAUGUUUGUGAUUGUGAGUUAUCUAUUCACUAUUGACAAACACUGACGAGGGAAAUUACUAUUUUUUUUUAAAUAAAAUUUUAAUAAAAAGUUAACACCUUUACAAAUUACACAAAGUGAAUGUACAGAACUUUGCAUAUUAAGCUAUACUUUUAAGCUAUCUUUUUCUUCCCAUCAUUCAGUACAAACAUGUUAAUUUAAAAUUUCAGAACCCAAUAUCGACAGUCCUCUAAAUACAAAUGCUGCAGAUUUAUGGAAUGAUCAAGUUUUAUAUAAAAAGGUUUGUACUGCUAGUUUAAAGUAUACAUGUUAAUUAGAGUUGCAACCGGCAGAUCCUUGGUAAUCAGCCAUUAUGCCAAUUAAUGGUUGGGCAGCUUUUUCGGAUCGAGAACACUCUCAAUAAAUGUGUGCCAAAUUAGGUUAGCCCAAGACUCUCAAUAAAUGUGUGCCAAAUAAAUUAGGUUAGCCCAAGACUCUCAAUAAAUGUGUGCCAAAUUAGGUUGGCCCAAGACUCUCAAUAAAUGUGUACCAAAUAAAUUAGGUUAGCCCAAGACUCUCAAUAAAUGUGUGCCAAAUUAGGUUUGCCCAAGACUCUCAAUAAAUGUGUACCAAAUAAAUUAGGUUAGCCCAAGACUCUCAAUAAAUGUGUGCCAAAUUAGGUUAGCCCAAGACUCUCAAUAAAUGUGUACCAAAUAAAUUAGGUUAGCCCAAGACUCUCAAUAAAUGUGUGCCAAAUUAGGUUGGCCCAAGACUCUCAAUAAAUGUGUACCAAAUAAAUUAGGUUAGCCCAAGACUCUCAAUAAAUGUGUGCCAAAUUAGGUUUGCCCAAGACUCUCAAUAAAUGUGUGCCAAAUAAAUUAGGUUAGCCCAAGACUCUCAAUAAAUGUGUGCCAAAUAAAUUAGGUUAGCCCAAGACUCUCAAUAAAUGUGUGCCAAAUAAAUUAGGUUAGCCCAAGACUCUCAAUAAAUGUGUGCCAAAUAAAUUAGGUUUGCCCAAGACUCUCAAUAAAUGUGUACCAAAUAAAUUAGGUUUGCCCAAGACUCUCAAUAAAUGUGUGCCAAAUAAAUUAGGUUUGCCCAAGACUCAAUAAAUGUGUGCCAAAUUAGGUUUGCCCAAGACUCUCAAUAAAUGUGUGCCAAAUUAGGUUAGCCCAAGACUCUCAAUAAAUGUGUGCCAAAUAAAUUAGGUUUGCCCAAGACUCUCAAUAAAUGUGUGCCAAAUAAAUUAGGUUAGCCCAAGACUCUCAAUAAAUGUGUACCAAAUAAAUUAGGUUUGCCCAAGACUCUCAAUAAAUGUGUACCAAAUAAAUUAGGUUUGCCCAAGACUCUCAAUAAAUGUGUGCCAAAUAAAUUAGGUUUGCCCAAGACUCUCAAUAAAUGUGUGCCAAAUAAAUUAGGUUUGCCCAAGACUCUCAAUAAAUGUGUACCAAAUAAAUUAGGUUUGCCCAAGACUCUCAAUAAAUGUGUGCCAAAUAAAUUAGGUUUGCCCAAGACUCUCAAUAAAUGUGUACCAAAUAAAUUAGGUUUGCCCAUGACUCUCAAUAAAUGUGUACCAAAUAAAUUAGGUUUGCCCAUGACUCUCAGCUAUCAUACAAUACCCGGUAGUCAUUUUAGCCCACAUUUGUUGUAGGUUGUUUUUUUCUUUUCUCACUGUGAGGUCAUAAGUGUAAACACAUGAUACAACAGAAACCACAUAGUGUGCAACUUUUUUACUUAGCUCUCAAGACUUCAAUAGCUUGAUAUGACAUCAACAACUAUUCAGAAGUGUGUGCUCUGUUUAGCUUCCUAGCCGUUGAAACUGAAUUAGCACAAUAUGUUGCAUGCUUCUCUCUCACUUUUAUUUUAAACCACAGACUUAGACUGCUCACAAUAUUAGUUUUAAGCAGUAUUUGUGUGUGCAUUUUAAGCUGCUGUGACCUUAAAAUAGAAUGCAGUGUAUUCAAUGGGUCAAUAUAUUAGAGAGUUUAGAUUAAAGUUAAAUAAAUGUGUAUUAUCAGACCUGUUUACUCUUACGAUUUUGGCGUACAAUGUACGAUUUAGAGAUGUAUAAUUAUAUACACUGUAUGUUUAUUUUUUUACUAUUAAGAUAAUGUAUUAAAUGGUUUUGUGAUGAUAUUGUACGAUUUAAGAGAUUAAGGGUAAACAGGUCUGUAUUAUUAACUACUAUAGCAUUUGAUAAAUAUGUAUAUUAUGGCAUUUGAUAAAUGUGUGUAUUAAUGGCAUUUGAUAAAUGUGGGUAUUAUGGCACUAGAUGAAUAUGUGUAUUAUGGCAUUAGAUAAUUGUGUGUAUUAUGGCCUUUUUUUGUGUCCAUGUUUGUAACUAAGUUAUCAGUAUUUCACAUAUCAGCAAUUUAGCUUAAAGAGGGGAGUGACAGCUUUGUCUAGUUACUCAUACUAUUUUAGGUUGGUGUCUACAAAUAUUUAUUUCUUGUGCAGCUUUAAUCUAAAAUUUUUAAAAAUCAAAUUGAUCAACAUUAAUAUUACAAUUUCAGUGCAAAGUAAAUAAUACUGUAUUUAUUGUUUGUAAAUUGUUUGUACAAUUUCAUUUUGUUUCUUUUGGUAGGUGCUUUUGGAGAAAUACAACAAGGAUGUGAGGAAAGCUAGUCAAGCCAUGGAAGAACCCCACAAACACUCAUGAUGAUUUAAAUACAAGACUCAGUAUCAUUCUUUUUUUGCAUGCAUCUACACAGGCUGUAGCCAAACAUUGAUUUUAUUUCCUUUUGGGUAGAAUAUGUAUAGAAUUCAUAUAAGUAUUGAGCCUAACAACUAACAGUAAAAAGUGAAUGCAGUGAUCUUAUCAAAAUAGAUUAUCCUCAUUUAGGGUUACUGAUACUUCAAUUAAUCACAAUGAAAUAUUACUUUUUGAUGCUGCACGAUUCUGUAGUUUGUUGCAGCAGAACAUUUUUUAACAUUCAUUUUUUUUAAAUUUCAUGAAGGGCUUCAUUUUUGUUUGCCAUCAAUAUAGUGCUGUUUUUUUGUUUUUUUUUAUACUCUCUGACAUCGUUAGUACUUUUUAAUCCUAAAUUGUGAACAGAAAAGAUGAUCCAUGACGCGUUGGCAGAUUUAAUGUACAGAUUUAACAUGCUGGUUAAUUCGGCGCUGUUGACCCCACUAGCAUCGUGGUUUAAACUUUUAACCCACACCUGCCCAAUAUAUUGACACAUUACCCUCUAUCACCUAAGUAUCCACUGCACUGGCCAAGUAAUUCAGGUAUAUGAUUCAUUAUAUAGCAAACGUUCGGCACCUAAACGGCUAUUUUUUAAAAAUUUAAACUAUAUCUCUAAACCUCAAUAAAUUUAUUUUCAUUACAUUAGAGAAUUGAGUAGCAAACUUUAAGAAGUCACCACUUAUAUAAUUAUUUGAGUGUAAUGUAAUAUUUUACAUACAUUACGAAAUAAUAAUUUCAAAAAGAUUAUUUAUUAGAAACACGUAUUUAGCUGUCAUAAUUCAUUUGCAUAUAUUUAUCAUUUAUUUUUCUACUUGUAUGCAGUACAUAAUUUUUCAGCCCCCCAAUUUUAGGUUAUGUACGUAUAAUAUUUAUUUCCAAUAGACUUUGCCAUAUUAAAAGUGCAAUGUGUUUCAUAGAUUCACAGAAAAAUAAGAUUUUUUUAGAAUAUAGUCUUAUGGCCUCAAGGAAAUUACCAGUCAAUCCCGGACUGGUAUAACAAGUCUAAGCCAUGAUAAGACUUUGAACACUGUGAUUAAUCUACUUAAUGUUAAUUACAGUCUAAUGGUUUCACAAAAUUUAGUAAUGUUGGUUCUUUUCAUGACUUUUCUAAAAUUUCAUUAAGUAGAAUAAGCCAUUUAUUAUUCAAAACAAUGUCACUUAAAAUCUGCUUGCUACUUUGUGCUAAAUUUGAGAUUUUUAGGAAUUUCUGAUAACACAAGUGGAUUUUCUUUUAAGUUUGCUUAAUGUCAUUACUGUAAUCCAUUACAUUUAAUUAUAUUAAGGAUGCUAAUAUUCUGUUAUCUCAUUCCAGUAUAUAAAUGCCAGGAAUCUUUCCAUCUUUUACAAUAUUGAAAUUUUAAAAAGUCUACUGAUAAAACAUUUAUAAUCUUAAAAAAGACUGCACUGAUAUAUGAAAUCAUAAAUCCACUACACCAGCUGCAUAAUGAAAUUCACUUUCGGUUUAAAAAAUCAUGGGCUUUCUUUUGUGUUAUUUGUUUAUGAUUUUUAAAGCACAUCAAUUUUCAAAGUAAAAUACUUGCAUAAUUUUACAAUAGUUAAUGAGGUGAAACAGGGGUGCUCAUCUAUUUUGGGGAGAUGGACAGCCAAAGGACAACAACUUUGUUUUUUGGUCCAAUCAGCAUGUUGAAAGAUCUUUUCCACUGUUACAACUAAGGAAAAUAAUUGCAAUGUAUUUUAAGAGUUAAUGAUGGGAAACAAGGGUGUUGAGCCAUUUGGGUGGAGGCCAAAAAGCUAUAACCAUGGUUCAGGGCCAGUUAAAUGGUUGGAGAUAGACAUUACCAUUGUGUUACAACUAAGGAUAUUUACCACAUGUAUCCUUAAAUAAAAGCUAUUUUCAAAAUUCCCUAUGCACAUUAACUUUUAAACAGAUUUUUUAGUGGCCACAGAUCUGAAUUUGUUUUUAUAAAACUAAAAGGGAAUUUGUUCCACAUAUUCUGUCUUAUUUUUUUAUGCAUUUAUGUAGAUAAUAUGUAAGCACUGUUUACAAUAACAUGCACACUAAAUAAAAAAAGAAUACAAUUAUA